AGAAGGAGGGAGGUGGAGCCGAACAUGGCAACAAAUCACACAACAAAAGGAAGUGAGGCUCGUAAAGCUAACGUUACGCACUAAAUAUUUGUGUUUUAUAUAAGCCUUAGGACUUUCCAAGAAAAAACGUCUUUCUUUGGCCUUGAACAAGAGUUUCAACUGACAGUACAAACAUGGAGUUGUAGAGCGAAAAGUUACGUCUGAAUCCACACAAGUUGUUGAGCUCUUCCCAGGGCCCUUUGGGGCCCAGGAAGACGAUGCAUCGUGGUGGGGAUAAGGACUUCCAGGUAUCAGCACGAAAGAUGGGCACAUCCUUGCUUUUCCAGCUGUCAGCUCAUGAAAGAGAGCUGGAUUUGGUAUUUCUGGACCAUAGCUAUGCCAAGCCAUGGAAUGCCCAUCCAGAUGCCAGCAGCGCCCGGCCCACAAGAACACUCUUUGUUACCCCUCGUCGCCAGCCUGAAGCCUUGUCAGACACUGAUUCUGUAAUAGAUGUGGAAACUGUCACACCGACACCCGUUCCUCUGUAUGAUAAUCAGAAAGCUCUUAGUGUGAUGAAGGAGUGUGAGCGGCACGUUCUGUUUGCUCGCACGGUUGCUGAGAGUCCUCCACCCCCGGAAGACUGGGAGGAACAUAUAAACAAGACUGGAUGGUCAGUGGCCCAGAACAAAUUGUUCAAUAAAGUACUUAAAGCUCUGCAAGCUGAGAGACUAGCCCGCCUGGCCAAUGAAAAUGCUUCCAAUGAGCCUAUUUUGCGAAGGAUAGCUGUGGACAAGUGUGCCAGGAAGGUGCGGCAUGCAUUAGCCAGUGUGAACUGGGACACCAAACUGACGCAGUGGUUGCACACUACCAUGAUUGAAUCCUUAAGCCUCGCCAUGCUUGCUGCUUACCUGGAUGUGCUGCAGACUCUCAAAAGCAAGUUGCCCUUGCUGAUUGACAGAAUGUUGCUGACAUCUGCAAAGACUGGCGCUCCAAGUGCAGAGGCCCUGUCACUGCUACUGAAACGGCCCUGGGACCCAGCUGUUGGAGUCUUAUCUCAAAACAAACCGAGCAAGCUUCCUGGAUCCCCACUCAUCCUAAUUGCACCAUCAAGCCCAACUAAUCCUGCCCUCGCUACCUCGCGGCGAAUGAGAUUCUGGCAGUCUCAUUACGUCUGA